AAUUAGGGGAAAGAUUGGAGGGUGAUGGAGCAGAAAGAGCAGUUGGGGUGAGGUAGAGUAUCAUGAAGAGAGGUUGUUGGAAAGAAACCAAAAUUGUCUUCAAGGAUCUUCAAGUGACUUUUCUUAGGCUAGCUUGGAAAACUGUGUGUUUCUACCUGCCAAUUAGGGCUGAUCAAUUUAUUAUUUUGUACCUUGUAAUUUGAAAUACUGGAAGCUACAAUAUUAGAGUUAACUUUUUCUUCUGUGGGUUUCUGUCUGUUCACUUUUCUUCCUCUAGAGAGUUUUGCUAAGUUACUGUGCUGGAACUUACUGCUUUGAUAGAGUCUCACUUUCCAAAGACUGAUGAAAUUUGUCUUACUGAUUCUGAAUGGAGAGUCUUACUUUCCAAAUUCUUCUGAGAGUUCUGGAUCAAGCCCAUCAAGGCUUUCUAACCUCAAGAACAUCAAAGGAUGCUGGCUUUUGGUGGAAGGCUUGCUGAACCACACCUAGUAUGCACAGACACAGCUAACAACUAGAGUGGGGUGCAAAGAUAGCUCCAGAAGGCUAUAAAAAGUCUGGGCAAACCCAUAUUUUGUGAAGGUGCUUUGCAAAAAGAUUGCAAGCCAUUUUUCUGGCAUGCACCUUUGUCUAAGAACAAAGUGCGGUAAACUAUACGUGUAGUCAGUAUGAUUCACAUAGAUUAAGGACAAGGUAUUCGUCAGAUUCCCAAAGAGCAUCAAACUGGGGUUGGACAAUAGACAAAGGCAUUCUUCUGGGCUCUUAAUGAAACCAAAACUUAUUUCCAGUCUGUGUAUUUAUGGGAUGCCUGUUAUUUUCGCUAAAGCAUUCGCUUUCCCACGAGAUACAGCAGCUGAGGAACUCUUUUCUGCCACGCGGGGCGCGGGCGAGCGAUGGGGGCGGAAAAAUUCCGGUGCCACUAGGACCUGGCGGAAGAAGCAUCCCUGCCGACCCCUGGGGAAGGCUGCCGCGGCACCUCCGGCGCAACCAAUCAGAAGGCUCCUUCGCGCAGCGGCGCGCCAACCGCAGGCGCCCUCUCUGCCGACCUCACUGGCUAUUUAAUGGUACGCGCCGCGGCCAAGGCCGCACCGUGCUGGGCGGGGGUCUGGAGAGCGCAGCAGCCAUGGCCAGCCAUCUCGUGCUCAACAAUGGCGCCAAGAUGCCCAUCCUGGGGCUGGGUACCUGGAAGUCCCCUCCAGGGCAGGUUACUGAGGCCGUGAAGGUGGCCAUUGACGUCGGGUACCGCCACAUCGACUGUGCCCAUGUGUACCAGAAUGAGAAUGAGGUGGGGGUGGCCAUUCAGGAGAAGCUCAGGGAGCAGGUGGUGAAGCGUGAGGAGCUCUUCAUCGUCAGCAAGCUGUGGUGCACGUACCAUGAGAAGGGCCUGGUGAAAGGAGCCUGCCAGAAGACACUCAGCGACCUGAAGCUGGACUACCUGGACCUCUACCUUAUUCACUGGCCGACUGGCUUUAAGCCUGGGAAGGAAUUUUUCCCACUGGAUGAGUCAGGCAGUGUGGUUCCCAGUGACACCAACAUUCUGGACACGUGGGCGGCCAUGGAAGAGCUGGUGGAUGAAGGGCUGGUGAAAGCUAUUGGCAUCUCCAACUUCAACCAUCUCCAGGUGGAGACGAUCUUAAACAAACCUGGCUUAAAGUAUAAUCCUGCAGUUAACCAGAUUGAGUGCCACCCAUAUCUCACUCAGGAGAAGUUAAUCCAGUACUGCCAGUCCAAAGGCAUCGUGGUGACCGCCUACAGCCCCCUCGGCUCUCCUGACAGGCCCUGGGCCAAGCCCGAGGACCCUUCCCUCCUGGAGGAUCCCAGGAUCAAAGCGAUCGCAGCCAAGCACAAUAAAACUACAGCCCAGGUCCUGAUCCGGUUCCCCAUGCAGAGGAACUUGGUGGUGAUCCCCAAGUCUGUGACACCAGAACGCAUUGCUGAGAACUUUAAGGUCUUUGAUUUUGAACUGAGCAGCCAGGAUAUGACCACCUUACUCAGCUACAACAGGAACUGGAGGGUCUGUGCCUUGUUGAGCUGUACUUCCCACAAGGAUUACCCCUUCCAUGAAGAGUUUUGAAGCUAUGGAUGCCUGCUCGUCCCCAAGUGACCUAUACCUGUGUUUCCUGCCUCAUUUUUUUCCUUGCAAAUGUAGUAUGGCCUGUGUCACUCAGCAGUGGGACAGCAACCUUGUAGAGUGGCCAGCGAGGGCGUGUCUAGCUUGAUGUUGGAUCUCAAGAGCCCUGUCAGUAGAGUAGAAGUCUCUUCCAGUUUGCUUUGCCCUUCUUUCUACCCUGCUGGGGAAAGUACAGCCUGAAUACCCUUUUCUGACCAAAGAGAAGCAAAAUCUACCAGGUCAAAAUAGUGCCACUAACAGUUGAGUUUUGACUGCUUGGAACUGUAACCCUUUCAGCAAGACUUCUCUUUGCCUCAAAUAAAAAGUGCUUUUGUGA